AUGAGAUCAAAACCUCCAAGCACUGAUAUUCCCGUUGAGGAUUAUAAGGAGCAAUUUUUAGUUCUGAGAAAAGAUGAGGGAAGAAUUUGGAAGAACACCACGGUCGCGGUGGUGGUACCCAUCCACCUUACUUCCAAAAGUUCGUUGCUUCAAGUUCGCACGACUUUAGAAUGUCUGGCAACACAAACAAUACUACCAGUGGUUGCAGUAGUGGUCGACGACGCGUCACCCCUUGCAUAUGAAUUCGAUGAGAUUUGUCCCUCCAGUUUUAUGAAUAUCGCGUACGAAAAGUUGGAAGUAAGCGUUGACCUCUCGAGCGCUCAGAAAGGAUUUAAUCUUCUUUACCACAUUCAGAAAGUAAUUGGGGGCCCUGAAUAUUUUGAGCCUUAUAUGAAAGCGCAUGUGCAAGAGUUCGCGG